GAUCGUCUACCCCGCCAUUGAACCAUUCCACCCUUAUACACCCCUCCCAAGGCGGCUACGUGCCGCGUCACUGCGCUUAUCUACCUACAGCCAUACUCUCGCGAGAUGAGACUUGUGACGUCAGGAUUAGCUGUCCGGCAGGAACCAAGGACCUGGACAUUAACGGGGUUGCGGGACGUUUAAGCUGCGAUCCGGGACUGCGGGCUGUGUUAGCAAAACCGGGUCUGUCCCGCGAAAAGCGGGACUGAUAGGCGGCUAUCAUGGAGAAUCAGCUGUGAAAGCCCCCCAGCAGGCUACUAGCCACAUUCCAUUCAUUUGGGAAACGUGCUCCCUAUGGCGGAUGCGGAAGUAAGGGGAUCCCCAUCUGACAGCUGUAGCACCUUACUCACCCGCAAAUGGGAAACGGUUACAGGGCAUACCAGACAUGAUUAUAUACCCUUAUAUCUUGGGAGCUAGAAAGGAAGCUAUGUCUGGAUAACCUUUGCAGAUUUAUAAAGGACAAUCGCAUAAGUCAUGCAGUCUUCAGGCCACAGAUUCCGUGAUGUAGAGCACCACCCUCUCCUCAAUGAAAGUGAUGGAUAUGACUCCUCCCCUUCUGAGGGUGAGCUUGCUGACAAAGUUUGGUUCAUACGGGAUGGAUGUGGCAUGGUCUGUGCUGUGAUUACCUGGCUACUAGUCUUCUAUGCAGACUUUGUGGUGACUUUUGUAAUGCUGCUGCCUUCAAGAGACUUCUGGUAUUCUGUGAUUAAUGGAACACUUUUUAACUGCUUGGCGGUACUUGCUUUGACAUCCCACCUGAGGACAAUGCUAACAGACCCGGGGGCUGUACCCAAGGGUAAUGCAACUAAAGAAUACAUGGAGAGUUUGCAGUUGAAGCCAGGAGAAGUAAUAUAUAAAUGUCCAAAAUGUUGCAGUAUCAAACCAGAACGUGCCCACCAUUGCAGCAUUUGCAAGAGAUGUAUUCGUAAGAUGGAUCACCAUUGUCCUUGGGUGAACAACUGUGUGGGAGAAAAGAAUCAGAGGUUUUUCGUGCUUUUUACAAUGUAUAUAGCUCUGAUCUCAACGUAUGCCCUCAUUUUGUGUGGGCUCCAGCUUUUCACUUGUGUUAAGGGACAGUGGACAGCAUGCAGUAGCUUCUCUCCCCCCGUAACUGUAAUUCUAAUGAUCUUCCUGUGUCUCGAGGGACUUCUCUUUCUUACAUUUACAGCAGUUAUGUUUGGUACUCAGAUCCAUUCAAUUUGCAACGAUGAAACGGAAAUUGAACGUCUCAAAAGUGAGAAGCCAACAUGGGAGAGGAGGUUACGGUGGGAUGGCAUGAGGUCGGUUUUUGGCGGGCAGCCAUCUUUUCUGUGGAUGAAUCCUUUUGCAGGUUUGCAAGUCAGACGCUUUCUGAGAGCAAGAAAAGGGGGUACGGAGUUCUCAGUCUGAACUGUCUCUUCGUCCCCACCGGAAUUAACCCAACUUUAUUUAUUUUAUUGUAAGGAAAAUCACUCCUCCUAUCAACAGGGUCAAAGCUAAAGAAGUGAAUAAAACGGAAGUGUUUUCUUCGUCAAAAUGUUUCUUUUUAAAGCAGUAUAUUUAAUAUGGCCAGCAUGAACAAGGAAUUUAAAUGAAGUCCGUUCUAAAUCUAAUUUAUAACUAUACAGGGGUUUUUUGUGGGGGGUUUUUUUUUUCAUAAGCCAACCUUCCUUUUUUUUUUUUUUUUUUUUAAUCAAGACUUUUCUUAUUCAUCUUUUUUUUUUUUUUUUUCCAAGUUUGGAAUGACAAGCUGAAUGACUUUUGUGCAUUAUGAAAUUAUUUCAAUGCUGUAUAGCUGAACUUUUUUCACUUUUCUGUACUGUAUUAUGAGGAGAUCUGAUUUUCUUGAUGCUGGACAAAGAUACAAACCUUGAGUACCCUGACUGUGCAAUAUAAGUCUGCACGCAACGGCAUGCAGAUUGCAGGGGUCGGCUGUGGCGUGAGCAUGCAGGUUUCAGAACAGCAGUAAUAAGGCAUUUACUCUCUGUAUCCCUAACUACUCUUGGUGGCCUAUGUAUCGUUCCAUUGUUAAUGUUGCUUAUCACUCAUUUCAUCCACUGGUACUUUCUAUCUGUGCAGUCAUUGUUAAAACUCCAUUUCUGCUCUUCAGUUGCACCAUUCUUGGCUUUUCAUUUUCAUAUGUAUCAUUUAGGUUUCAGAUUAAGUAGAUGAGUCUUCCUAACAUGGAAUCUCAUAUGAAGGGUAGAAAAGGAGUGUCAGCCUAAAACCAAAGCUAAAUACAGGGAAAAGAAUACUGAUUACUUUAGCAUUUCCAUGGGUGACUGUCACUGGUUCAUUUACAGUUUUUUUUUCGUUUCAGUGAGUGAACUUGUUUGUAAGUGGAUGAAUUUUGUCUGAUAAUGUUUUAAAUGGAAAACUGAAACGGGUUAGUGCUGGUAUUUGUUUUUAAUUUAUACCUAUGGAAGAACAUGCAUAUGUGUAUAUUUUGGCCAGAAGCAGACAUUGCAUUGCUUUUCAGCAUGUAUUUGUUUUAAUGUAAGCCACUAAUACACUUGGUGUAAUGCGUCAUGGCACUCACAUUUGCUGAUUGCAUUCCAUAGGUUUUUGUCUGGACUAUUGCAUGUGUCAAAUAUUCAUCUCACAUGGGAGUAAAAGUUGUGUAAUUGCCAUUGUUUAAAGUUUGAUAUUGUAAAGAGGGGGGUAUGGAGUCCUCUCAUGCACUGACUUCUGAAAUAAAGUAUUCAGAUGUUUACAGUACAAACACUACGCUGCAUACACCUACAGUAUGGAAUACAGAUCAGUUCCAGAAUGACUUAGAUAUUAACAGCUGUGGCUAUUCAAUUACAGUAUAUUAAAGAUUGUCAUCUUUAAUAACAGACUGCUUUAUGUUGUUUUCCUAAAAUGACAGAACAAGGGAAAGAGUAAGUACAUACUAUCUUGCUGAAAACUACUACCCAUACACAAGGCUACUCGAGCCAAGGACCUUAAUUCAUAGUUAAUAUUAUUUAUUUAAUUUAUUACUUUCCUUUCAGCUGCUAGAAUGCAACGAAAAUGUCCAUGUAUCGCAGUGAUGUGUAAGUUUGAAACAGAAGAGCUUCUUAGCAGGAUUAUCUUGUGUGUUGUAGAUUCAAAUGUUUAACCCUUUACAUGCCAGGGCCCCCUAAAUAAUAUGAGAUGAAUCAAAGUAAAUAAUGUAUGGCAUCACCACCAUAAUCCUUUAAUGCUGGUUUUGGAAUUUCUAAGGUCGGUGGUGUUCUGAUGAUCAAACUAUUUUUUUUUUUUUCCGUUUGGUGAGAAACCAUGAAAAAUGAGUUUCUGUCCUUUACUUAGAGGUGUACAAAAGUUAGCUUCAUACCAGUUUAGUCUUAAAGUGACACUUGAAACCAGUAUGUACCAUUUAAAAUUGUAUUAAAAACUGCCUCAAUGCUAUGCUAACCAUUUCUUUGGUAAUUGCUCCUAAGAUCAGUUAUCAAAGAGUUGAAAAUACAGCAGCUGGGUUUUAUGUCAGAAAAGACCCUCCCAUUCUAAACCAGCUUUGGAGGUGGGCACUGCUGCAAGCUGGCACUUCUUUUGAAGGAGAGCUCAUAUGUGAUAGUAACCGCCUAGUGUUU